AUGGCCUGUAGACCACAAGAAGUUUUCUUGUUCAAAGACUCAGAACUUCCCUCUCACCUUCAUGCCCAGCUCAACAUCCUCCGGCAGGAGCGUAUCCUGACAGACGUCCUGCUCUGCACGGAGCAUCAGGAGAUUCCCUGCCACAAGAAUGUCCUAGUGUCCAGCAGCCCGUACUUCCGAGCCAUGUUCUGCAGCAACUUUCUGGAGAGCAGUCAGGCCCGAGUGAAUCUAAAGGGAAUCUCUUCGGAUGUCCUUACUGGCAUCGUGGACUAUGUCUACACAGGCUGCAUCAAUAUCACCAUGGACAUUGUUCUUCCUCUCAUGCAGGCAGCAUCCAUGCUUCACUAUGGGGGUCUUUUUGAGGCCUGUUCCAUGUUCCUGCAGGAGCAGCUGAGUCCAGAAAACUGUCUGAGCAUGAUACGGCUCUCUGAGAUCCUUCACUGUGAAAGUUUGAGGGAGAGGGCUAAGGAGAUGGCUGUGAGGUGUUUCUCUGAUGUCGCUGCUACAGAGGACUUCAGCGAGUUGACUCUUCAAGAGCUUAUGUGUUACCUAGAGGACGACCGACUUUGUGCUGAGGAGGAGCAAGUGUUCGAGACACUCCUUGCGUGGAUCCACCAUGACCCCUUCUCAAGACGCGGUGCAAUCCAUGACCUCUUCAAAAGAGUCCGCCUUCGCUACAUUCAUCCAACUUACCUCUUCCAGUUUAUCGCCAAUGACCCAUUGGUGCAGUCUUCCACCCUGUGUACUGAGAUCAUCGAUUCAGUGCGUCGCCUUAUGCUCACAGUCAGCACCAAGUGUAGCCAGGAGCUCAAGCCACUUUGGACCACACCAAGACGCUACACCUGUAGGGAAACACUGGUGGUGGUGGGGGGACGCAAAAACAAUGAACAGACCUCCAGAGAAGCCCUGCUGUACGAUGAAAGGACUCAUCGUUGGCAGUGGUUGGCCAAGCUCCCCUUGCGUCUUUACAAAGCUGCAUAUGUGUGCAUUCAUAGCAUCUUGUAUGUGCUUGGUGGGCUCAGCCUCUGUAUGACAUUAGGUGAUAGCUCAGUCAGCGCCACAGUUUACACACUCUCCCUAAAGACCAACCAGUGGCGGACAGCUGAGCCCAUGUUGGAGCCAAGAUAUGCCCACCAAAGUGUUUCCUAUCUGCACUUUAUUUUCGUAUUAGGAGGCAUCGGGGAAGACAAGAGAAUCUCUCAGUCAGUAGAAAGAUAUAACAGUAUGUUUAACCAAUGGGAGGCAAUGGCACCAAUGCCCACAGCAGUGCUGCAUCCAGCUGUAGCAGCCAGUGAUCAGAGGAUCUAUGUUUUUGGAGGGGAGGACGCAAUGCAGAAUCCAGUCAGGCUGAUUCAGGUGUAUCACAUCUCUCGCAACACGUGGUCCAGACUAGAGACGAGAACUGUGAAAAACGUUUGUGCUCCUGCUGCUGUCAUUGAAGACAAGAUCUACAUCAUAGGAGGAUACACCAGGCGAAUGAUCGCCUAUGACACGAAGACAAACAAAUUCUUCAAGUGUGAGAACCUGAGGGAGAGGCGGAUGCAUCACAGCGCCACAGUGAUCAACAACAAGCUCUACAUCACCGGUGGACGCAUCCUAAACAGCCAGGAUGUCAUUGAGGACUCAGACUGUUUCGAGUGUUAUGACCCGAAGACAGACGUUUGGACCUCAAAAGGUUCUUUGCCAUACAAGCUAUUUGACCAUGGCUCCCUACCGCUAGUCUGUGUGUCCAAUAGACCAAACCCACCAUGACCCACCAUCCUGUUAGUCACUUUGCAAAUACUCUGCUACAUUUUCCUCGACUCCCUUUUGCCAAGACUGAUUGGCCUCUAACUACACAAAUGGGAAACCAUUUCGGACUGGCUGCAUUCCUUCACGUAGCUCAGUCUCUGUCACAACUUAGCGGCAUGUUAAGCCAGGAGGACUUUCACUGAAUCACAGGGGAGCCUAACUGAACACCAGAGGUGUAAUUUCUGAGGCACCUGGUAUUGAAUUUAACUGUGAAUCCAAGAGAUGACGAGUGGCAGACACACUUACAUAACAAGCAGCUGGUCAGGCACACAUACUCCAAAAGCUUUUUUCAGCCGCGCUUGCUUGAUGGUAACUAAGAGUGUUAAUGCUUGAAUUUCACAGACAUUUAUACACAGCAUAUCAAUGCCUAGCAGCUGUAGGAGACUUCCCUAUUAACAGUUUAAUUCAUAGAGAAUGACAUGCCUGGCUGCUUUCUGAAACUCUACUUGUCAUAAAAGCCCAAAAAAGAGCUGAUAGCUUAUUGAUUUGCACACAGAAAAAAAAAACAUUCCUGCUUUUAUCAGAGUGCACUAAGGAAAACAAUUGGGAUAUGGACUUAUUGGUUUGAGUUUUUUGAUAAUUUUCUGAGUCUUGUUUCUCUAAUGUGAAUAUUUCUUUCUUUCUGACUGUUAUACGACAGCAAAUUGAAUUUCUCUGGGUUGUGUAAAUAAGAAGACUUUAAAUGAUGUCAACCUGGGCUCUGGUAAACACUAAUUGGCAUUUUUUAAUAUUUUCCUAUGUUUUAUGACCAAAUAUCUGAUCAAGGAUUUAAUAUAACAGUUAAUACAUUGACAAUGAAAAUAAUGUUUUUUAUUUCUUUAUGAAGUGGUAUAAAAAAAUGAUAUUUUGGAGUCAAAGAGCUUUGAACAUAAACAUUUAAGUGGUUCAGUGGGGGUUUACUUUGAAUUUCUCCAAGAAAAAGGCUUUGCAGGAAGCUACAAUGAUGUAAGGACAUGUGACAACUCUGCCUUCCAGCAGUAGCGUGUGGUGGUAAGAGGAUGCAAUGACCUACUAAAGGCGACUAUGGCUGAUAAUGGCAAUGGAAAGGGUCUGCAGCCACUACAGCCCUCAAUGCAUUUGUGACAUACUAAUGGUUAACUUUAACUCGCUAACCACCACUGAUCUGAAAUGUAUUCAUCCAAGGGAAUCAAAAUCUAUAAUCAAUCUAUUUGAAACCUAUGUUCUGCCAUCUUUGCCCUGUGACCCUCCUGUCCAUCAUGAAAAAAAUAUAUAAUGCUGCGACCCAUGAAAACGUGCCAUGCAAUAAUUACCAACCAAUUUACCAUGUUCACACGUUUGCCAAUUACAUUUAACAUUAUGCUAAAGGUGGGAAGCUAAAUGCUUUGAUAUUUUCAAGCUGCGGUGUUCCAGGUU